UCUCUGCAGCAUGUUUGCUCAUUAAUGCUGCACUGAUCCUCUGGUCUUACGGUUAAAACUGUCAGUAGGUGCAAACUGGUACAUGCGAUACUUUAUACAGUCAGUACUUUGGAGCAAGUGACGAUCUGCACAUCUAAAGAUCAGGAUCUUCUUUGGUGGUCAGGGAUGACUGGCAGAUGAUGGGACUGUUGGUGCUCUGUGUUUUUGCAGCUGUGUUAAACUACAUUUCUGCCUCUACAGAAGUCUGCACCAAUACCCUCCUACCUGGAGCUAAAGGUGACCAAGGUGAGAUUGGAGAGGAGGGGGCUCAGGGAAAACUCGGGAAGGAUGGACCACCAGGACUUCCAGGAGUGCCAGGAGAGACAGGACUUAAAGGAGCGGUGGGCCACACAGGAAAGAUGGGACCAAGUGGAGACAAAGGCGACAAAGGUGACACAGGUUUGGAUGGGCCAUCUGGUUUAAAAGGAAAACCAGGCACAACUUGUGACUGUGGCAGGUACAGGAAGGUGGUUGGGCAGCUAGAUGUCAAUGUAAGCAAGCUGAGGAAUGCUGUCAAGUUUGUGAAGAACGUAAUUUUGGGUCUGAAGGAAACAGAAGAGAGGUACUACCUGCUGGUGAAGGACCCCAAGAGGUUCAGAGAGGCUUCAAUGAACUGUAAGCUAAGAGGAGGCAGCCUGGCCAUGCCAAAAACCAGCAACACCAAUCGUCUCAUGGCAGACUAUGUCAGUCAAGCAGGACUGACACGAGUUUACAUAGGAGUACAGGCUCAAAGCAAGGACGCAGGUGGAACAAGUAGUUAUGUAUAUGCAGACUCCAGCCCUCUGCAGGGGUUUGCAUCUUGGAGCCCAGACGACGAUCUACACAUACACACCAACUCAACCUGUGUGGAGCUACUCAGCACUGGAACGUGGGGUCAUGUGGAGUGUGAAGCCACCAUGUUUUUCAUCUGUGAGUUUCCAAAGAGCAGGAGAAGAGGAGGAGGAAGAGGGACACCUGGCUUGGCGGCAUCAUGAGUCAAUGAGACAUUUAGACUUGCAUGCAAAAGAGAUACAAGUAUACAUAUGUAUUUUGUUGUAUAGAAUUGGUAUAUUACGUAAUUCAUUCAUGUAAUAAAACAUAAAUGAAAUAAAAAAAUAAAUGUUUCUGCAUACUCAAA